AUGAAUGGCCGACUAGAAGGGCCGCCAAACGGCAUUCCGAAGCGGAAACAGAGCGUAAGAUUCACGGGCCCAAAUGCCAAACCUCGGCGGCAACUGGCUGCUCGAGCAAAGCCAGUGGUGCGCUCUCAUGGUUCGAAGGGACCAAUUGAUGCGACGGGAAGGCGAGACAAUGUCCAUGCUUCGCCCACGGCAUCAAAGUACGAGCAAUCCAUCGACAUGGACUACACGCCUAGGACCGGCAACUUUUCUGUCAUCCAUUCCAGUGGAUAUUUGCCCCAGGAUCCUGCUGCUGCUACUCGUAUGCCACCAUUUUUGGGGUCGCUUCGAAAGUCCAAGUCCAUGUAUAGCCAGUCGAUGAUUUCGGAGUUGGGAUACAACCAUGAUCGCAGCCGAGCUGAAAGGUUGAAGCCACCGCCAACAACGCCCUCGACCGUACAGUUUCAAGACGCGCAGAAUCAAACGAAGCGGUACUCCAUCAGGCGAAGUCUGCGCACACCAAAGUCCAUGGGCUAUCUUGAUUUCCAGACCACGAAGCCAAUGACAGAAGAGGCCGAGAAUAAACGUAACGACUGCUCUUCGCCGCAAAGAGUGAUCCGCUCAAAGGGCUCUUUUCGCCAUCUCAAGUCUCAUUCCUCCAUGUUUUUUCGGUCCAAGAUUCGUCCGCAAGAGAGCUCAAUGGGGUUGUCUAGGUCGUUGCGCAACAGCAGUGACAACAGCGCCGCGUUUGCGUCGACCUUUUCGGGAAAUGGAAUUCCCCCUGCGAAGCACGCCGGAAUACGUUUCACGGCCAGACGAGUAUCGAAAAGUGUCCGGAAUAAGCUGAGCAGACUGUUUGGUCGAUCCAAGAGAAACGGACAGCGACAGCUUUCACCACGCUACCGAACCCUACCCAUUGAAGAAGCUUCCAUGUCAAGAGUUACUUCUCAUGUCCCUUCAUUUCAUGCGGUUCCGUCGUACCAACAGAUGCGGUCACGGCAGGGAAGCCUGGAGAGCGUCUCGCCCGAGGAGAACGUGCUCUCUGAUGACAGGUCCCGCGUGACUAGUUGGACGAACUCGACAGCAAAUACUGUGCUCAACUUUGGCGUGACUGAAGAGCACGAGUACCAGCGUUUAUCUGUUAUCAGGGAAAACGGCAUGCAUAUCCCAUCAACUUCUCACGUUCCACUGGCCAAUUCUGCUGUGCCAGGAAUGACAAUCAAUAGCCAGCGAGUGUAUUCAGCACUGAUGAAGAAGCUCACAAACACACCCGCCAACUCGGACGGGAUGCAUCAUCACGAGUCGACACGUCGGUCGUCAGCCGAGUCGGUGCCACUCAGACACAGUUGUGUUGAUCAAGCCAACCCACAACCAAGGUCGCCUCCGAUUGUUCGAUGCGUGGGGACAAGUGAUGACGAUGUGUUCGAGGAUACCAAGGAAGUCAUCUCCUCAAACCAGUCGGAAGAAGAACAGGACAUUGAGACCGGCGAAUCAUUUCGUGCCAUGUCGAAGAAGUCGGCCUGGAAAGCUUACCCGAAUGCAUCCGCGGGUGAUGGAAAGGGGCUUUCACCCGACAAGAUUCCUCUACCAGGGUCGGCAUCGAAACGACCAUCCAUUCGUGCGGACAGACACUCAACCCUUUCGCCAAGUUCAGAUGGUCAUCUCUUCCGCACGACAAGUCCUUACCGUAGAGCGAUUCAGCGAAGCAUGAAAGAGUAUCAAGAGUCGGAUCACACUCACGCAUUGGACACCAGGUAUCUCAGCACCCUGUCCGCAUUGAGUCUACCGACUAGACGCCCAAGCACUGUGGGAUCAGAAAGAGAUAUGCGUUUGACCUAUGCUGAGAGCUUUUAUUCCUUCAUGACCGAGGAACCAACAACCACGCGGCUGGAUGGACCUGCAUCGCCUACUGUUCCUCGCGUUCAUGAAAUUGAGCCAGGCAACGAAGCCGUGACGGAGGAGUCUGGUAAUAAGAUGGAAACUUCGGUACACGGCCGCGACAUUUCAGCAGCAAGUUCGGUGGAGUGGAAGACUUGGCUCAGCGCCAAUAUCUCCAAGCUGGAAAAACCGCAUGCCUUGAUGAGCUCUCAAUAUGAGGGGCAGCCAAGCAAUGCCACGCUACCUGCAGGGCACAUAAGAGAGAGUGCCGAGAUUGAAUCGCCUGGCGAAACUCCAAAGACAGCGCUGACAAGCACAGGAGAGAGGUUAGCCAGCCACGUAGUAAGUCACCGCUGUGCUGGAACUCGCCCAUCGCCGUCGACCCAGAUGGGGAGUCCUCUGAAGUGUCCAGAGGGCGCAGUCGGACCCAACAAGAGGGACAAGUUACAACGUUCUGCGUCGCGAAAGGUUGCGUCCAGCUCACACCGUCACACCCCUUGCUCCACUGUCUCCGUGCCCAAAGCAGACAACGACAAAGGCCCAGGUUCGAACGAGAGCCGGCCGGGCCUGCUGAGAAUGAGGUCUCUCAACACAAUCCCUACCACGGUGCCGCAAUCACAUGAUGGCUUGCUUUGGAAGCACUGCGACCAGGAAAACUCGAGAACCGGACCACUGAUCACGACCAAGACCACCCCAGGGCUUGCAGCUAUAACUCAGCGAACAGUUAGUGGUAAAGCAAGCUCACCAGGGAAGCUGAGCAACGGUGGUUCGACAUCUCCACGAACCCCUGAAGGACCGAUGGCUGUAUCGAAUGGCCUGUCGGAAACAACCAAAUCAGAGUGGGACGCCCAGAUCAGAGGAAGUCGACGAAUGGUUGAUUUGUUUUUGAGCAGUCGCCGAAAGGCAAUUCACGGGACCAUGUCGAGAAAUGGAAGUGAAAACUAUUCGACUGUAUUUCUGUAA